CGGGAGACCUUUAAGCUUGACAACAACUCCAGAGAUAAACUCAUGCUGCCAAGUCCAAAACAAAGGAGCAUCCAAGGUCUGCCAACAUAACUUGAUUUCCUGCUGGAUAAAGGGUCAGGGAGUAUUCCUAGAAACGGGAAAGACUGGUAGAAGUAUGAUAUCUUCCUGUUAUCAUUUGAGAAGAAUUCUCUAAACGAAAUAGAAUAAGAAGGAACAAAAUUUUGUAUUUCUGCUAGCUAUUCUUACGCUGCUAGGAGGAUAAAGACCUAUUUCUAGCCCUGAAUUGUUAAAUCUGGCUCCUUUCCCCAAAGCAUCAUAAAAAUAUCUGUGGCUUGCAAUAAAACAAAACUGGAAGAGUUUUGUAUGCAACAUCAGCAUAAUUAGGGAACAAAACCUGUAAGGGGUAGUUCAAAGGUGAGGUGAAGCUGGUCAGCCAAGGAACAACACUCUGCCUUCUUCUCAGGAGCAAAUGAUUUGCCUCUUACCACUUCCAGCUGGCAACAUGAAAUGGAUUGCCAUUUUUCCAUCUGGGGCAUUUUGGCCUUUCUGAGUUUGGCUCUAGUUGUUUCGUUGAUACUGAACAUUUCACAUUGUAUGAAAAAUAAGCAAGCUAAAAUGUAUAAAGACUAUGAAGACAACAGUCCAAGCUGUGAUGGCUAUUACACUGAAGAUGACCCAGUUUAUGGCAAUCUCAAUCAAGACAUUUUAGAGGAAUGUUGUUACGAGCAGAUGAAGUGCCAGCCUCAAAGGCCAGAUAACCAACUACAGGUGGAGUCUGCCAGUCAGAUGUGUUAUGCCUCACUUGAUCACAGUAUCAAGGGAAAACGCAGAAAACCAAGGAGAAAGAAAGACCCUUCAUUAAAAGAGGGUGAUGAAGAAAGAUCAUCUAACCCAAUCAUGAUGGCUUCCAAAGUCAGCAUUUACCUCAAUAGUGAGCAGCUGGCUGCUGAAAACACAGCAAACACAGAAGCCAUUCAUGAUGAUCCUAUCAGGUUAAUGAAUUUGAUUCAUACUACAAAAGGAGAGAACAUUUGAAGCGGCUUAAUGAAUCAAGUAUAUAAUUUUAAAGAAAGAUCUGCUUGUUCAUUCUGGAGGAACAGUUGAAUGACUAGAGAUAAUAUCCCAGCAAACUCACAUACCAAAUAAAUUGUACAAAAUGGGUAAGUUAAGUGUUCCAGAGUGUCUUCCAAGCAUAUGUGUGGACUAAUCAAGAAAUAAGUAUAGAUUUAGAAAGCCCCUUUGAAGGACUUGCCUCUCUGAAGACAGUUUGAAAGGGAGUGUAGAAGCUGGUAUCUCAGCAUUCACAUGGUAUUGAUUCCAGUAAAAAUGAAUCCUUUGUUUGAACCAACCAUCAACUUUCAAACAAACAGUCCCCAAAGACCCACUCUGUUGUCUGUAAUGCACUAGCAGACUACGACUAUUCUUUAGGUUCUAACAAUACUUUUGUAAGGAAAUCAUGUUUCAUACUUGCACACGCAAUGAUUUACUCGCUUCCCCUAUUAAAAAGUGAUCUGCUGUUCAACAGUGUGUACUUUCCCACUGUGACUGGUCUAUUGUAAUAACACAAUAUAUCUAAAGCUAAUUGGAGAACAACUUAAUAGCUUGUUUAAAGUAGUAAUUUUACAUCUUGCAAGAUUUAAUAACAUCUUUAUACAUCCUUAGUUUCUUUCUGUGAGCAAUAUCAGUAUAUGUCUCAAAUCUCAAUUCCUCUACUAAUGUAAUAUGUAUCCAAUUGUAUUCAAGAGUGCAUAAGGAUAUCAGCAAAUGGUCUGUAACAAUAAAUCUCCUAGGGAGUUUUUUUUUCUUUUAAUGUUCUAUGUGAUAACAUUCCUAUUGAAUUUUACAUUGGCAUUGUUACCAACUAUUUUACAAAAGUAGAAAGAGCUUUUUAUUUUCCUCCAAAAUUCACAUACUAUGUGCACAUUCAUUUUAAGACUUUAAACUCAUGAGAUGGUAAGCUUCUGUAGAGUGGCAUUUAUUUAUAUAUUCUGGGAUCCAUUAAGUAGUAGUAGCAGGAAACAGGCAUGUUGAUGUAAUAUGCUUCCCUCUAGGUGUGAGACAGUUCUGCCUUGUCAAAAAAGGGAUAUUGGUCGCCUUAAAAUUCAUUCAGAGUACAGUCUAAAGGAGUUUGAAACUCCUAAGCUCAUACAGAGUCCUGCAAGCAUUUCAGGUCCUGAAGAAGAUAGCCCCAAAAGAAGUUACAAGAAACAAAACCAACAAAUAGCCCAUAGCGCAAAGUGUCACCAUUUCUAAAAGCAGAUGUGAAUGGAAACAUCCAAGGAUGAGAAAAAUUUAUGAAGGGAAAAAAAAAAAAAAAAAUCAAUGCGAAAGAAAGGGUUCUUUGACAGACCGGUUCAUAUUUUCUUUAGCUCAUAGUUAACAAGCCUCUUCAACAUACCUUAACUUCUAUGCUAGAUCAAAAGGAAGGGGCCAAUCCCUGCAGCCAAAGCUGCAGUGUCACCACCCUCUCGAGCUAGCACUUGCUUUUGUGUGCAGAAUUCAGGCCAAUAUAUGUUUGGCUGCUACACACGAAAACCAAGGCAGACUUGGAAUUAAAGUGACUGUGAUCAUGGUCUUAGAACAACUACCAUUGGCUAAGUAAAAAUAAACACUGUAAGAAUUGAUAAAAAAUACUUUAAAGAAGAAGCAUACGAAACGACGACCCUAAGAUGCUAAGGGGGAAAGGAUGAAGGCAAAGCCAAAGAUUCAAGGCCAAAGAUCAAGUUAUCAGUACAUGAAGUACUUGAUUUGAUUAGAUGGGAAGGAAUUCUACCUUCUUCCAUAGUAGGAACAAAAUAAGUAAUAAAACACAUAUCACCAUACACAUGCUUGCUUGCACACACAUAUCAAAAUUUUUUGAAUAGCAUGAACAGAUAACAUAUUUAUAUAAAAGACUCCAAUUUAGCUGGCACCAAUCAGAUGCAAUACUCAGCCCUCUGAGAUGAUUAAGAGAAAGCUUUCUCUCAAGUAAAUAAGCACUUGACCCAAGACUCUAUUUGUUACUAUUUUCUAACACACA